UUCUGUUAGUGCGAUACCAACGGUUGCCACACAAAUACGUUUAACGGUCAUUUUGUUAAAAAUCGAAUCCAAAUCAAGUGUCAAAUAAUUCAGAAUUAAAAACAAACGAAUUCUUUCGUUCUACAUUUGAGGAUUACAAUUUUAAAAAAUAUUAAGAAAGAUUUACGUAAAAAGAAAUCGGUAUCUAUAUUCAAACUUUGAAAAUGGCAAAAGUGUUCUAUGUAGUGAUGUGCUUAGUGCUAUUGCAUGUGAUAUCGGCGAAGUAUGUCGAUAAAAGAAAAUGUCCCGAAGUUAGAGCUGUACCGCAUUUCGAUUUGCCGAGGAUGCUAGGAGACUGGUUCGUAGUGGAAUAUUAUGCGAGUGCUGAAGAGGCUCUUUCGUACAGCUGUAUGAAAGCCGUAUUCACUGAAGACGACCACGUCGCGACCGCUGAUGGCUCUAUAGAAUGGACUCCAGGAGUAACAAUGAACUUCACAUACCGUUUCGCUGAUGAUCCUUUAGGAGAGAAUCUGUUGGGCAACAUCACUUGGCGAGUGGACCUCAACCAGCCGGCACACUGGACUCAUGCUGAGAGGACAUAUGACGGCAUAUACAACACGUACGUGCUAGACACCGAGUACAAGACCUGGGCUCUCCUCCUCCACUGCGCUGAGCAGACGGAGGGAGCUCGGUACUUGAGUGCCUUCGUCCUUUCGAGAACGACGUCGCUACCGAAGAACGUAAUGGCUUACUUACGUGAUAAACUGCCGAGAUACGACGUGGAUGUUAACUACGUGUUCCCGAUUCCACACAAGGAUUGUUCGACCAAACCAGCCAGAUUUGACUACACACCAAUUUUGGUUGAAGUCGGCAGUAAAGUCCCAAAACGUCCUGGCGUUAGCUACAAAGUGGCUUUCGGCCAUUAAGUUUUGAGAAAACUAUUUUUUUUCAGAUUUAUAUAGCUUCGAAACGUGUUUGAAAGAGUUCACUUUAACUUUCGAGACUAGAUAAGUGACAUACAAGCUGACAAUGUUCCAAUCUCUCUUUCGCAUUGAGCGUGACUCGUGUUAAAAAUGAUCUUAUUUUCAUAUUUUUCAGUAAUAUGGAGAUGAGAAUUAUAUGCAAAAUAACGAGAUCGUAUCGGUCUCAUAUAUAACGUGACUCGUAAUAAUAUUGUUAUUUCUAAAGUUUCGAUUGGCAUUAACGCAUUAAUUGUUACUUAUAUAUGAAUCGCAAAGAAGACGCUUUAUACUAAUAUAAUCAAUGAUCGUCUCUACGGUUUCAAAAAACAUUUUUUAUAAUCAUCUUAUAUAACAAUUUCGGCUAACAUAUAUUUUAUUUUCACAAAAACAAAACAGCCCCAAGAUACCUAAGCAACCAUUUGAAAUAUUAACGUAUCCUUAAGAAAAUGAUGAAUGAUGAAAGAUCGAAGUAAUAAUAUUAUAUCUAUGUUAAAACGAAAUGUGCCUCAAGUAGAACGUCUUGUGAAAUUUUACGGUGCAUUAAGCGAAGCAAUUUUCUAACGAUGAAACAAUAAAGUCUUUAUUUCAUGA